AUGCCCGCUGGAAUGCACGAGCCGAGGCUUGGGGCCUACACUACGCUGAGCAGGGGAGAGACGGACGCUCUCCCGGUCCAUAAACGCACGCAGCAUCCACGGUACUCAGCAACCCCCCUCUCAGGACUGGUGGGGAUUAACCCAGUCCCAAAUGUCCCAAUCCACACACCUCUGUGGACCCCAAAAGCUGGCACAAGCCCCAACCAUGUACCAUGCCUGCAGGCCGCUCGCCACUCCAAAAUAGCGGACGCACAACCCAAUGGGGUAUAUGUGCAUCCGGAGCACAGCUUCAGCACAAACAAGCCUCUGAUCAACCGCUGA